CACUCCCUUCCCACACACCCACUGGGGGUUGACCGGUCAUUACUGAGCUCAUCUGCUCGCACCGGCACAUCGCCACGCGGUGCUCUAGUCGCCCGGCUAGGACGAUUGAAUGUCUUCACUCAAGAUGCCACCGAAUCUGUCGAACACCGGUCAGGGCUCGCGCUCUUCGAAAACAGCUCAAGACCCGUCUGGCUCGAACAAGCCUGCACAUGCUAGAAAAGAUGGAAAGCAACCGCUGUUCAAGUACAGCACUGCUAUUGUCCAGCCCAUUCAGUCGCUGCAUGCAAAUCCGACAGACCCGGCAUGCAAACCUGUGCCCGUCACCUUUCGCGAAGCAAUGUUCAAAGAUUGGAGCAGCUUUGUCGACCUGCCUAGGUUGGCACGCUUAGCGGCAGCCACUCGUCCGUACACCAAUCUUUCCAAGCGAGCCAGGGACAGGACCGAGGAUCAUCCAGCGAAGCGUGCUCGGCUCGAGGAAGGGAAAAGCUCGCGGAGGGAGCAAUCCGUUCAGGUGGCGACCAAGGCCGCAGCGCCACGCGCCUCGCUGGAGGUGGAGCCAAAUUCAGACUUGCACCUUGUAAGCACUGAGCUGCUAUUUUCUGUUAUGCUGCCUACAGGAUGCAUUCAAAAAGACCGCAUCGCUGCUUUCGCUGAGCUCUCAUCUGGUCUCAAACUGCAUGGAAGGACGGUUUUCUUGUGCACGUGCGAUGUGCAUGUUCAGAAGCACGGCAAAGGCAUUGAAGGUGGCGAAGAUCUGCAAGAUGGGAUGGGAAUCUACAAAUUGCAGGUGCGGGAGGCAGAGAGCGGAGAUCAUAUCGCUUCUCUGCCGCUCAUCGAUGCAUCCGGGGUCGACUACUCUCGGAACUCGUGGAGCUGGACAAAUGGGCUGUGGCUAGAACACGCAGAACAACUCGUUAAAGAUGGCGUGCUUGUCAUGCGCGCUGAGCUUGCCGCUCGCUGGUCUCGCGCAAUGGACAAAGAUUUGGAUGGUAGCGCGACAGCAGCAGCGAACGGCCACGCAUUUGAGCUCGUUCUAGGUGUGACUCUCAAGCUUCGGCGCAUGGCGCUCCAUCACCCACACGUCACCUCGGCCGAUCACCUGCGAGAGCUCAUCCGAUUCGUAUCGCCUUGUCCAUUGCGCGAAGCAUAUCUGAGUCCCGAGGCGCGUCAGGACGCCGGCUCGACCAAGUUCGUCUACGAUAACCUGCUCCCCACCAAAGCGGUGCCACGAGGCGACGAGCAGCCCAGGGACCUCGCCGCCCGUCUUUUGCCCUUUCAGCUCGCUUCGACGCGGUUUCUGCUGGAUCGCCAAGAUCCGCUCGGAAUACGUAGAAGCUCUCCGUCGCCGCUAGCAGGCUCCCCUUCGCAGACAGGGUCCGAAGACGCGCAGCUGGGCUUAUGGUGGGAGCCUAUUCGCACCCCGCCCGGUGCGCCAAAUCUCUUCUUCCACGUGCUUGAUGGGAGGAUCACCAAUCAAGACUCACAAGCGCUGGCGGAAGACGUCUGCGGAGCAAUUCUCGCGGAGGAGAUGGGUCUAGGCAAGACUAUUGAGAUACUGGCAGUCGUGCUGGCUGGCACCGAGCGAGCGCACGUACAGCUUCCCGCGAUCACGUUCCACAACGCUGAGCUCGAGGUCGACGUGCUACCGGUACCCACCACUUUGAUUGUUUGUCCAGAGAUUCUGUGCCAGCAAUGGCUGGACGAGACCGCGAAGCAUGCAGAAGGCCUAAAGUGUUACCAUUUCACCGGCCACAUCAAAGCUCAGCGAGACGUGCCCAAGGGCUCGACGUGGCCAGAGUGGGCUUCUAAAUUUGACAUCAUUGUCGCAUCGUACACCGUUGUGAGCCGAGAGUUCUACGUCGCGAAGCCAGAGCCACAACGCUCACGACGUUUUGAGCGCAAGUAUGAGCGCGCUCGAAGCCCCUUGGUCCAGCUUGAAUUCUGCAGGGUAGUGAUGGACGAGUCGCAGAUGGUAGGACAUCAGCAGGCAUCCGACGUGGUAUCUCUCAUCCAGCGCAGGUCUUCGAUUGCGGUAUCAGGCACGCCUUUGAAGCAAAUCGCCGAUCUGCGCGCUCUAUUGAGGUUUUUGAAAGCCCUGAGCCCGCGGAACGAUGUUCCUUGGCAUCGGUACAUAGAAGCUGGCAACGCACCUUACCUCGCGAGGGUCAUUCAAAGGCUUGCCACUCGUCAUACUAAGGACGGCAUCCGGGACCAACUUCGUAUACCUGUCCAGACGCGUUAUUUGGUUCCCAUUGAGCUCGGACUAGUCCAAAGAUCUUCUUACGAUCAGCUUUGGGCCGCCGCGCUUGAGGACAUGGGACUGAAUCAGGCUGGAGAACCUGUCAGCGGAGAUUACGAAGCAAAUGUCAACAAACUUCGCCAUCAUCUGAAUCUCCUGAGGCAGACCUGCACGCAUCCUCAACUUGCAGCAUGGUCGUCAGCUUCGACUGCUGAUCGGCAAGUCAACAGUAACAAUGGGCGCAUGUUCGUCUCCAAGCACAUUCAAGACAUGCAAGAAUACCUUGGAGUCAUGAGGGGGUCCAAGGCGGCAGAGCGCGACUCGCACUUUGUUGGCUUGCACCAAGCUCGAAUUGACAAGGCGAUGCUGCUAAUGCUGGACAAAGACAACUCCGGCCGGUACGAGCAGGCAAAGGAGAUGUUGCUUGAUGCCCGCCAACAGCUCGACGCGCGCAUCAAAGAACUUGAAGCGGACCUCCCACUCAGCAUCAAGGAGGGUCCAUACUAUCGCUUUUCUUCUGCGGAGCUUGCUUCUGAAGGCACAGACAUCGAUGCUCUUGCUGAGCAACACUACGAAGAGUCAGAGUCUGACGCGGUACGACGAGAAAUGCUAAAGGCUCGCCAGAUCAAUAUCGGAGCUCUCAAGAACCGCAUUCGCAACCACUACGAGCAAUUGCACCGAGCAUGCAUGUUUCUGGGUAAUGUGUACUUCUCCCUUGGACAAGCGACAACUACUGCUUCCGUACAGGCAAUGGAAGUCAAAGCCUCGGAAAUACCGAUGGAUGUCGAUGUCGAAGUAGGGAAGGAAGGAGAGGCUUCGGAAAUACCGAUGGAUGUCGAUGUCGAAGUAGGGAAGGAAGGAGAGGCGUCUGAUAGACCCGCAGCUGGACAAGAGCAUGUCGGUGUCGAACCAGACCGCAAAGUUCAGAAUCUCUCUGCGGCUCAGGAAGGAGAGGCGUCUGAUAGACCCGCAGCUGGACAAGAGCAUGUCGGUGUCGAACCAGACCGCAAAGUUCAGAAUCUCUUUGCGGCUCAGGAAGCAGAGGCUUACGAACACGCUGAAGCAGUCAGACAGCGAAUGCUCUCUGACAGCCUCGACGAUGUCGACAAAGCCAUCGAGCAGCUCAAGCGUGCAAAUUUGCCCCAGCUCAUGGUCUCGCAGGCAUUUGGGUCGCCCGGAAUUUUGACAGCAAGCAUUUUCGGCUGGCUCGAUGAGCUCGUUGCGCUGCUGAAUAAGAAUGCGAGUGUUCUAGACACUUGGAGAGACCAGAUUGUCGAUCGACUUUGCAAGGUGGUCAAUCGUGAGAUCAGCCUUGAGAACGAGCUAGACGAUCAGUACUCGGAAAAUUUGGAUGCCCAAGCAGAGGCAGAGGUCAUUCUGGAGAUGUACAGGGUCGUGCUGGCUGAGCGCGAAGUCAUCAUCAGUGGCGCCGAAGCUCUCGAUGCCACAGCCAAGCCAACACUCUACGUCAUACUGGAAGAUCAAGUCCGUGAGCAUAAGCGACUCUCGUUGCUCGGAACGACAUCUUCGAAGAAUGGCAAAAUCCUGGGCGAAGAGGAGUAUCAACUCGCAGUCAAACAGCUGCAUCAUUUUCGUUCUCUGGAUAAACAGCGAGAGGGCGCAAAGCUUCGACGCGACAUGGGAGAGAUGUCACUCGUCGAAACAGAAAAGCAGCUCCGUGAGAUGAGUAGCCGGACUGAUAGUCGGCAGGAGAUGCACAUUGCACGCGAAGCGAGUCAACAGGUCCGAGAGCUGCUAAAGACCUUGCGAGGCACAAUGGGCAAAUUGCAGUCGAAUGCCAAGGUGCUUGCUCGAGCCUUCAACACUCGCGUCGUGUAUUUCAAGCGUAUUCAAGCUGUCUCGGACACUGUCCGAGACAUCGAGGUUCGAGGUAGUCUUGCCAAGCACAUGGAGCAGCUCGAGACGGAGAUAGCAAGGCGGACGAAGAAACUGGGACCCGCUCAACGCUAUUUGCAAUUUCUCCACAAGGGAGACUUUGAGUACGGAGAUGGCGAUUGCAGCGUCUGCUACAAUCCCAGCGGUAUUCAAUGGAUGCUCGAAAGUUGCUCGCACUACUUUUGUCCGGACUGUGUCAAGCGACUCCUGAGCGAGAGGCCACCCUCCCGCAAGUGCUGGAGGUGCAACAGACCGGUCGCUGCAGAUGUCAAAAUUCGCACAGUUGCAGUGACGAAAGAGGCCGCAGACGAAUUGGCGGAAGCCAGACAUGGACCGCUUACGGACGACCUGGACAAGAAGGUCUAUGCGAAGCCCCAAUUCCGGAUGAUGCCUUCAGAUAUCCGGAGAAAUUUGACAUCCAUUCGUCUAGCUGCUAAUCACGGUGCCAAGAUCCACUUGCUCAUCCAGCAUCUGCUUUACAUUGCCCAGAUCGAUCGUGCAGCCAAGACGAUCGUCUUUUCCUCUUUUGGCGCUGGACUGGAUCUCGUGGCGCAAGCGCUACGGCGGCAAGCCGUAUCGUUUGUGAAGUUGGACCAAACUAGCAAGGCAGGCACCAAGACUAUCGAACAAUUUCGCACCUCUACAGACACGAAUGUGCUCCUACUCCAUGCUGAGGCGCAGUCUGCUGGAUUGAAUCUCAUUUGUGCCAAGCGGAUCAUCUUGUUGGAACCGCUCGUCAAUCACAGCCGCGAGCUUCAAGCCCUGGGCAGAAUACACCGGAUUGGACAGCAGCAAGAGACCGAGGUGUAUUGCUACAUGGCGAACGAGUCUGUCGAAGACAACAUCUGCAACGCUGCUGUUGGAAGAGGCGAGUCACUUUACACUCUCGACAAGUCGAGAUCUUCUGAGAUUCAGGACAGCGCCACAAUCGAGGCGCAGCAUCGCAAGGGCGACGCUCCUGAGCAGACCGUCCGAGCUUCCCAGCUGCGCCAGGGCGAAUUCAUCAACGACGUCUCCCUCCUACUGAGCUGCUUUUUUGAGGAGCAUCACGGGCGUCCCAUACUCGAUGCCAACGAGGUGCGGCGUGCGCGCAUGCUGCAAGCUGCGGAGCGACGCCGCGCAAAUACCGACGAGCAGCAGGCUUAGACGCGGCUUGGCCCCCAUUUCUAGAUGCGCAUUGGCAACCUCUCCUUCUCCACCAGAACCAUACGUAUGUUGUAAUUAGCCCAGCAUUAUUGGACUCAGUGUCCGCAGUUCAUUCCACCAUUCAUAGGCACCCCAACCCGUGUCCGAUCACUUGCAAU